GAUCGGUGGCAAUGCGGGUGCUCCUCUCAUCUCAUCGCUAGACGAUCUCAAGGCUCUUUGCUGCCUCACCCUGCUGUCUUAUUAGUGGCAUAUCGGCAAGCAAGGUGCUCUAGGAGUGAAUGAGUCGGAGACGCUGUGGUUCUACUUCUUUCACGAGGGUAGUUAUUGCUGUGGAAGUCACGAGGGAAGGGCCCCAAACCGGAGCUGCAGCUGGUGGGGUGUGGGAGAGUUGAGACGGUGGUGCUGGUGAUUUUGUUUACAGAGUGGUGAGGGAGAACUGGUAGUGUUCACCGUGGGGUUUGUGAGGCGGCGUUGUGAGCUAGAAGAUGGGUUGCAUUCAACUCUUAGAAGCAUAGAGGGAUACUCAGGGACAGGCUAGAAGGAACGCGAGAGAGAGACGAGGGUGAGACGAGACGGAGGUGAGGGGACAAGUGCGGUAAGAGGCAGAAGGAAUUAUUGAAGGUGAUUGUGGUAUUUUACAGAAGUUUCAAAGACCGCUUCUGAGCUCGCAUGCUUUCGUGCACGUCUACGAGCAAUUGGUGUAAAUGUGUUACGACUCACUUCUCGAAAGGUUCAAGUGCUCAUCACCACCCAUCUUGCGGCAGGUGCCAAAUUCUAUGUUCGCAGCUACUGGGUGUGAGAAGACGCUUCGUUGUGCGCGCAUGUCAGAACGUUUACAGUGAAGUUGAAGAGUAAAGGGCUGAGUUGGUUGUACGUCUAAGAAGUUGUCUCCUCUCUAGAAGUUCAAAGUUCCAGGGGGUUUUGGUUUGUGAGUAAACAAAUCAGGCAAGCUGGAGCUUGCACAGGUCCUAGCGGGGUUCGAGAGGGGUUACGGACCGCCGCCGGCCAUGUCUAGCGGCACCCCUUCGCCCAUGAUGCGAGACAACGACGACGAUGGCGUUGAUAGAAGACGAGAGGGCGACCUGGAGGGCCUCAUGCGAUCCUUGGGCGAAGACGUUUACUCACAAGACUAUCUGAAUCGGCAUCAUGCACACGAGCAAGUGCUGCAUCUGCAGCAGAACGAGUUUUCCUCACCCCAGCCGAUGUUUCCGACCCCCACGACCUCUUUCUCCCAAUCGCCCUCCUUUCUAACAGAGCUUCUCUCCUUGCCUUCACCGGUCACCACGAGUUGCUGGAACACCACAGUUUCUGACCCCUUUCUUCAAUCGGCCGUUCCUCGCGAAAUGUUAAGCAGUAUUGCGACCGAUACCAUCAAUCGUAGUCUAGUGAUGCCACACAGCCAACCUCAAAGUCAACUGGAGGCACUCUGGGACUCGUUGCCAGAGCACUCCUCAUGGUUUGCGGAGCAGGGCGGGGAGCCGCGUCAUUUGUACGUUGACAGUCUACAGGAGCUUCUGAGCAGCACGUCUGCUCCCUGGAACCAGCAGCACGCAGUGUCAUCGACGGCACCCGUGGGCGUGGGCAAGACGUCGCAUUCAUCAGGAAGGUCUUCUGUCAUGCAGUCGCCGUUGGGAUCGCCCUCGCUGAGCUCCCGGGCCUCCCCUGCGCGCUUGAAUUCCGCUGCGUCGACUAUCCCUAGCACACCAAACUCCUCCAUGAGCUCUGACAGCUUCAGCGUCGCCGCGGCGGAGGAGGAUGAGACUCACCAUGGCACCGGGAGCUCCAGCGGCCGGCCGUUACUUCAACGACCGCAAUCUGUCACUGGCCCUAGUGGCAGCACCAGUGCCAAGCGCAAGUCGCAGGACCGGGUCGUAAAUGACAACUGCGAUGAGAUUCAGUCCCUUGAUUGCAAAAAACAAUCCCACAAGGCGAGAAGGAAAGGACCGAAGCGAGUGAGGGAGCCUCGCUACGCCAUUCAGACUCGCAGCGACGUGGAAAUCAUGGAAGAUGGGUACAAAUGGCGCAAGUAUGGUCAGAAAGCUGUGAAAAACAGUCCUCACCCACGAAGCUACUAUCGCUGUACCAAUCCUAAGUGUCCAGUAAGGAAGAAGGUAGAGCGCUCCGCUGAUGAUUCAGAGUCGGUGAUUACAACUUACGAAGGCACUCAUACGCAUGUUAGUCCGGGCACGGGCUCCCGGGGUGCUGCUGACGCGCCUCUCCUUGCAGCAUCGAGUGAGUACCCACCCGGUGGUGCUCCGUAUGUGCCCCCAGCUCCUCUCACGCCAGUAAUUUUGCCCUUAUCGUCAAGGGUGAAGUAUGAACUUGCCGCAUCUCAGAGGUCGUCGAAGGACGUCGCAAUGAUGUGCAGCCACGACGCUACUUCAACCGCGGGCCCUUUGCGAACCACGUCGAGCAUCUGUAAGGUCGAGCCCCGAUUGCACACCUCUCCCAGCAAUGGAGGUCUCUUGUCUGCCUCGUUGCUGCGGAUGCAACAAUUAUUUGCGGAACCGCAACUGAGUGGGAGUGAAUAUUUGAUGAUGCAAGACUUUCAAGAUUCGAUGUGCUGGGGCAGUAUUCGAACGCAACACUCCGGGAGCUCGCAAGAGAUCGUUUCCUUAGUGCCCACUUCGGCAGCUGCCUCCAGCGGAGGAUUGCUAGAGGACAUUGUCCGGCAUCGGCACUGAGGGAGUCGUGAUGCCCACCGAUCAUUGGCACGACGAUUCUAUGAGUUGGAGGGUAUCAGAGAAUAUGUGUUGCAGCUCGGUGCAUCUGCUGCGACCGUGGUAAUUUCGAUUUCAGCCAGGAAAUCACUCCUGGGGUCCGCGUUUCCGUGCCGCGACCAUGAUCCUCGCCUCUCUUCCACUCACCUGUGCCUCGAUCAGUCUCUUGAGCCGCGGUUGGAGGUGUUGUGAUUUCUUCAUGCAACCAUAUACGAAAUCAUAUCUCCUCCGCCGAUGCCGAUUUAUUUCCCACUGUGUACACAUAUUGAUCCAGUUUUUGUAAAGUCUACAGAUUACACAGGAACCGCCCUUUUAGGGUCAUCUACAGGAGUGAUGUCAUUGCGACCACAAUUUUUCAUCACGGCUUGCUUGCCACUUCGAACCAUACUCGAGAAAUUUUCAAUAGAAUAUUAGAAAGUAGACCUAAGAUCUGCCGCUAUUUCUUUCUGGACUCUAAUUUGUAACUGGACAUUUUAAGCGCAUGUAGGAAGAUGUUCAUUACUUAAAAAGAAAAAUGUUACUGGCGACCGGCUGUAUUCUUUUUCUUGCUUUAAAUUCUUUUGAUCUCACAGAGGUCUCACUGGACUAAGUCCUCUCUCUGGAUCUGUGCUGGUUAUGGUCUUGUCUUGAUGUUGGGGAUGAGUGGACAUACUCGUGUAUUUUUUCGCUCUGUUCAGGAUGCUGGUUGCUGGUCAAACCCAACUUGGCAGCUAGACAUGACCUGUGAGGGCACGCAAACUGCUGUACAAUGUUUUUGUCAGUGAUGAGUGUAUUCAAAGUCGCACUGGAAGGGUACACAACUGAAGUCAGCGCCACGAACCUGGAACUGUUGUUGCACGCGUUGAGAAAAUUUGUACUUGACUCGGGUUGUCCACCUUGAGAUUUGCUCUCUCUUACUUCGAGCUUCUUCACGCUCUUCACAAUGGAUUCAUCAUGUGGAAGAAGGCCUCGAAAAGGUGAACCUCGUAUUUGUCCAAGGUUGAGAGCCUCGUUGUGAGGGCUUCGACCUUUGCUCCUACUACUUGCAGCACAAUUACUCUUGCGGAUGAAGACCAUUUCCUCACCAUCACUUGGGACAGCUCUACAUGCUGCUUGAAUACGGCCACGGUUACGAUAACGUACUUUGACCGUGUGAACUGCACCAGAAUGUGACGACAGGCCUGCAUCCUUUUGGCCGCCCGCUGCAAGUUGGACGUCGAAGCAAAAGAGCAGAUACUGAAUCAUCUCAAGAAUUGAAACCUAACAGGAAGAGAAAAGAAAGAUCAUCGCACUUAUUUACGGUGUCGUGUUUUGAAUCAGGCUAUAAGUAAUUUAGUCACAGUAAUUGUGUUUUUUUUCACGUUAGUGCUUAUAUCAACGAGGAAUGAUUGUACCGGCACUUCCACCAAAGAGAAACUGAGUUUGUUGCAAAGAUAUGGCGUGUGAUGCGUGAGAUGGGCGUGUCUGGGUGGAGCAACAAGGACUUUGGUACGUGGGGCCGUCCACAAGGGAGCUUCGUCCCUUCCGCUUCCCUGUUCCUGCUGCCUUUGCUUCUUCGCUUUUAGAGGAUAUCCUUACCGCCGGCAUCAACUUCUCUGGGACGUGCAUUUAUGUGAGGUUUUUAAAAAUGCGUGAAGUGUGACUUGGCUUGUAUGCACGCCGGAUAGCUAGAGGAGGGCGUCCAAGUUGGGUUCAGGAACCUACAAAACGUGGCCGUUAAGCUAUUGCAUCCAGUGGAAGCCAGCGGCACAGCUACUAAGUUUGUGGAGAAGAACCCAUCAAGCGGCAUUCCAUCACCUUUGUUUUGCAGUUGGGUUUUAAAAAUGUUACUACCUAUUCUUCACACUUAAAAGCCCCCGCAAAAUAUCAGGAAAACAACUCCUGCAAAUCAUGCUCCAUGCACUUAGUUUUGCAAACAGGCCUAGGCUAGUCUUCAGAAAAAAAACACAGUUUUAGAAGCACUAGAUACUUGGAGGACCUUGAUUAGAUCGCAGUAACAAUAACCAUCUCCAUGAACAGCAACAAACAUGCACUGAAUCUGCAUCCCAAGGACUUACAAUCUGCAGCAUCACAUCUUUCGACGACUCGUGUGAACAUGUAAACUUACACCAUUUAGCUGGCCAAGGAUUCUCACGUAACCCAAAAUGAAAGCCAUAGUUAUCAAAACAAAUGCAAUGCAUCGCCUUGAACUUGUCUGGUUUAGGAUUCUAAUCGUUGUUAGAAUUCCAGGUAAGGAGCAGAAGCAAUUGCAGUCUGAAUUUCUUUAGAGAACUUGACAUGGGUAUGUUACCUCCCACCAGUCAGCUCAUGAUGCAGCUUCGUGGUGGGCUUGGAAGUUUUUAAAUUGUUGCCAUUUGGACUGGUUCAUAGACCAAAGUAGAUCUCCAAAUUCAACCUUGGAACUUCUUUAAUCUAUUCUAAUCUUGAUUUAGUGUGA